AUUCGUAAGGUAUGGCAUAAAAAUUAAAUCGAAGUUUAAGAUGUAGCAUUGAAUUCCAAUGUAUUUAAUAGUGCAUCUUUUAAUUCAAAUGAACGUCGAAUUAUUUUGUGAAUCAUUUCUAUGCGAUACACCGCAUUAAAAUACAGCGCAUUUUAAGUGUGCUUAUACAUACAAUGGAAAUUCGGUCUGCAUAAAAUGUAUCGCAUAAGAAUGAGACACAAAUUUAAUGUAUCAAAUGGAAAUGGACAAUGGUAUGAAUGAAAAUUACUCUGAAUGCAAAUGCGCAGUUACGUUAGAGAAGGAAAGUAGCCGUAGGUCGUAGGUAUGUUUUAUUUGCGGUUGCGCAAAAACCAAACAGCGGUUAGUGUACUCAGCUUGAUUGUUACUUACGUCGAACGUGUAAAUGGAUUAAUUAAUACGUUCAUCAAUUUUGAGAAGGCAAGGGAUUUAUUGGGUUAUUUUCUGUCGGUCACACGUGACCUUUACAGUUUUUACGUACAUAUUGGGAUUUGCACCUGCUGCGCAAUAUUGUUUAAUAUAAAGCAAGAAAAAGGCCGAUGGAAAUCGAAAGAUGUGCAAGAGGCGCCGGGUCCCCUUAACAAUAAAUUGGAGGUGUACGCUGUCGCUAUAAAAAUAGGUUCGUGGGAAUUAAUAAUGGAUAAAGAGUCCAGAGAUAAACCGUUAAUGGAACGAAGCUCAUGUUCUACGACUCUUGUAAGGAACAAGCACAUCGACAAGUUGAUGCUCCUUCGUAAUGGAAAUUGUGUCGAGUUCAAUCGUGAUAUAUCUACUAACACGAUAAGUUAAAUAUGUAAUCUCCAUUGAAUGAGAGAUUUGUAUAUUUACAAGAUGCUAAUACAUGUACCUGUGUAGAAACACGAGCAUGUGAGACAUUGUUAGACACGUAUCUCGUUCUGUUUGAUGGGUGCACCGUAGUAUGUAAACGAUGACGUCGCUAACAAAGUUACACAAAGAUUGUCAAAAAAAAUGUGUAUCCUGAUAAUUAAACGAUUAUCCUAUUCGUCA